AGAGAGUUGGACAGAGUCUGUCACAGAGUCCAUCACAGCCAUGGACAAAACAGACUUAAGUAGUGUUAUUCUGAUGAAAAUUCAAACAAUGGAGCCUUAACUGACCGUCUGGAUUUUCCGUCUAACUCCUUUUUGGAUUAUUUAUUUAUCUUCUAUUUAUGCUAAAAACCACACUAUGCACACCCGAGGCAAGUCCCGCAGCUGUGAGAACUACCUGAGCAUAAAGGACUCAGAAUCGUUGGACAGUUGUAUCCAGCACACCCUGUCGGCUCUGUACGCUCCUUUUGGGGCUACAGCGGCCACUGUGCUGUGGCAGCUCUUCAGUGUGGUAGAGAGGCAGUACAGGGGAGACGGUCUGCGCUGCUUUCUGGACUUUCUACUGCCUGCACAGAGGAUACUUAGCAUCAUCCAGAGAGAAACCUGUCUGCGCUUCAAAGGCCUGGUGCUGUACCACGAGGGCUGGCCGCUGUGCAUCCACGAGAAAGUGGUCCUUCAGCUCGCUCCUUUGCACAAAGUGCGGCUGAGGCAGGGCGACUUCUACCUGCAGGUUGUUCCGUUGGGCCGCAAGGCGGCCAAGCUGGUGAUAAAAUGCUUGUCGGGGAGUGGGCAGGCGCUGGCCGAGAUAACCGUCCCCGAGAGCAUGUACGGCAGCAUUUUUACCGCUGACUUCCUGCAGCAUGUGACCCGUGAGCGCAACCUUCAGCCUCUCCACAACUGCUUGCUGAGCGCCGGAACGGCCGUCUACCGCACCCCCUGGAGGAACGUGGUCAACCCUUUGUGUGUGAGCAGCGCCGCCAUGUUGGGCACCACCCUGAGGGGGCAGCUGGGCUCCCCCUGCAGCACCCAUGGCUCCACCGGGACACUGGACAGCCGCCGCAGCUCCAGAGACUCCCUGGGCUCUGAAUCCACAGCGUCCGAACCACUGCUGGGCCACAGCCCCGAAGACAUACUGACUACACGCCAGCCGAACCCCUCUCACAGGGCUGGGACACCAAACCUGGAGGAGGGUGAGGGGCGAGGAGGAAUCAGCUCCAGUUUAUUGCCCAGGCCUAGCUCCUCCAGGUCACUCUCCUUCAGCACGGACCUCAGUAACCCCAGCCCACGCAGACGCCACCCCAGAGACUCGGCCGCCUUUGAGACACGCCGACUCUUUCGGAAAUCAUACAUGGAGGCCUUGCAGAACCCCAUGAAUUUGGGCUCCAGCUCAGAAUCCAUCCUGGAUGAGACAGGCCGUCCAUCGUCUGCCCAGCGGGAGUCCCUGCCCCGCCGGAUCUGCGCCCGCGGUUGGUUGGGAGGGGACGAGCCUCACUCCGGAUCUGGAUCCCCUCUCCUUUGCUCCACUACACAGAACAGCCAUUCUGAGAGGCGCUCCAAAUCUUUGGAACGGACUAGCAAAGCCUCUCAGGUUAAAGGUCACCGGGCGCGGUCUUCCUCAGGUGGCUCCGGUGGGGUUUCUCCAAAGAAAUUGAUGAACGGCUAUGCACUGCGCUUUGGCAGGAUUGACCUGGAGGUGGCGUUUUCCGGCACAGAUAGACGCACCUGCAAAGCAGACUCAGGGCUUGCUGACCCUCCAGCUGUGUCUGAGAGCAGGAUUAGCAUCAGUGGAGGUGAAGAUUUCCCCUCCUCUGUCUCCUCCCGUUCCUCCCUCUCCGCAUCUCAUGCAGCGCCCCCUGCUGCCUGUGGCCUGACACUGCCCUCACUCAUCUCACAGGUCAACCUGGAGCUGCUGACCUCCGCAGCAGUCACUCUACCUGGUAACUGUGACCGCAGCGGUCAUUGUGUGCUCCAGGUGUGUAUGAGAAAGCAGAUGUGGAUGGACGAGAGCUUUACCUGCAGAGAGCUCACCUGCCUGCUGGGCUACUACUGCUCCACACUACGAAAAGACAAGAGAGACGUGGGGUUGACCGUCCUAGUGGACGCUCGGAGGCAGCAGGCCAGUCCUGUGCUUUUCUCAGCGCUGUCUCAGCUUCAGGCUUCUCUCCCGAAUGCACUUUACUCUGUUUUGAUACUCUCCGACAAAGAGGCGUCCGUCAAACUCGAGAGAGAUUUCUCAGUUCCAUGUGAAGUCUUGACCUCACUGAAAGCUCUGCUAAAGCACAUCGACUCCUCUCAGCUCACAAAAGAGCAAGACGGCACUUUUCCAUAUGACCACAACCACUACAUCCAGUUCAGACAGAAAAUGGAGCAGUUCUCCAGUAGCUGCAGCACUGCCAUCUCGUCCCUCCAACGCUCCAUCGAUGUCCUGAGCAGCAGCGGCAGUCUGGAGACAGCCAAGGAGGUGUCUGAGGUGAUUAGUCAACAGAGGAACCUGAUGAGGAGUGUGUUGGAGGACACACACCUGAACCACCUCAGAAUGGAGGGGGGCACCUUCCUUGCACGGGUCAGAAAAGAGGAAACAUGUGAAAUCGACAGCUACAGGGAUGCUGUGGACAUGGCCUGUUCACUCUACAAUCAGAUGGACGAGGAGGUCCAUAAACUCGUUAUUCUGUCAAACAAAUCCCUCCAGCAGUUGGAGACCCUUCUGGAGCUCCGCACCUUCCAGGAGGAGAGUGAACAGAUGAAGCACUGGUUCAGUGUGGAGGCAGAGAAGAACCUGGCUCCUCUGGACUCUCUCAACUUCACCCUCAACUCCCUGCAGGAAAUGAGGCGAAGCCUGGAUCAGUUCAGCGAGGAGGCAGUGCAGGUCCGGCAGAAGCAGGCCACAGCGCUGAUGAGGGAGUCCAGACAUGUGUCCAACUCGACUUUACUAGAGUUAAAACAACACAUCAGCUCCAUUCUCCAGCGCACGGACACACGCCGGUCUGAGCUGGACAUCCUGCUCAAGCUCUACGAGUUCUACGAAUCGGCUGACCAGUGGAUGGCGCACUGCAACGAUUAUUUCCAGCAGCUGAGCGUGAAGGACAGCGGGGUUAGCUACUCUCCAGGUGUCCUGCAGGUUUUACAGGACUACCACAGCGAGGCCAGUAAAUUUUCCCUGGAGAACUUCAGCUCCCUGAAUGAGACGGUGUCCACACUAGGCAGCACGCGUGAGCUGCAGCGCUGGAACCUUGUCUGGACCGAGUGCCAGCAGACCAGGAGAAGACUGGAAGAGGCGCUGACCAGAGCCACAGAGACACCUGAAAAACUGCAAGAGCCUGACACCGGCACACCAGACCGCAACUCCUCUGACCUCUCGGAGCCUGGGUCCAGCGUCCACCCACCAGCUGAGAGGCUCAGGAAAACGUCCCUGGACUGCGGAGAGAGCAGCAGCCCCCUGCCAGAAACCCCACCACCUCAGGGGUCCAGACUGUUUGAUUUUGAGGAAAAGAAGCCUCACUCGGCGGGCCCUUUCUCCAAGAGCCACUCUCUUUUCCCCUUCUCUCCGUUUCCAUUCCCUCCAGACAGCGGGAAGCUCUCUCCGUCGCUCUUCGAUGACACAGACAGCGACUGCACCGUGGAUUCUUCGUACUCUUGUCGCUCAGAGCCGGUGUACAAAAGCCACCGCAAGCCUCCACUGAAGAAGAUCAUGAAGAAGACAGUGAGCCAUGAGCUGGGGCUGCGGGAGCACCACGGAUACACAGGGGUGUACAUUAGAGGCCUGGAGGUCAGCAAUAACAUGUGCAUGGAGAAGAAGCUGCACAGGCCGGAGGUGAAGAGUCCACCACUGAUCCGCAGCCACAGCCUUUCGUCCCCAUCCAGAACUCUCUGCAGACUCAGUGAAGGAGAAACCAAGAGACAGAGCAGUAAAAUACAGCACAUUAUGGAUGAGAUGAUUUCCACAGAGAGGGAAUAUGUGCGUUCCCUUUCAUACAUCAUCGAGCAUUAUUUCCCCGAGAUGGAGAGGCUGGACCUGCCGCAGGACUUGAGGGGCAAACGCAGCAUCAUCUUCGGGAACUUGGAGAAGCUGUGCGACUUCCACAGCCAGUACUUCCUCAAAGAUCUGGAGCGAUGUGCACAUACUCCUCUGUCCGUCAGCAGCUGCUUCCUGCGACAUGAGGAGCAGUUUGGCAUGUAUGCUCUGUACAGCAAAAACAAACCUCGCUCAGAUGCUCUGCUGACCAGCCAUGGAAACAGCUUCUUCAAGAACAAACAGGUGGAGCUGGAGGAUAAGAUGGACCUGGCCUCCUACCUGCUGAAGCCCAUCCAGAGGAUGAGUAAAUAUGCCCUGCUGCUGAAGGACCUGAUAAAGGAGUGCAGUCAGUCUCAGGAGCAGGAGCUCACUGACCUCAGGGCAGCAGAGGAGAUGGUCAAGUUCCAGCUUCGCCAUGGCAACGACCUGCUGGCCAUGGACGCCAUCCGUGGAUGUGAUGUGAAUCUGAAGGAGCAGGGGCAGCUGAGGUGCCAAGAUGAGUUCAUGGUGUGGUGUGGACGCAAAAAGUAUCUGCGACACGUUUUCCUGUUCGAAGACCUCAUCCUGUUCAGCAAGACCAAAAAGAUUGAGGGAGGAUAUGACAUCUACAUCUACAAACAGUCCUUCAAGACUGCAGAGAUCGGGAUGACAGAGAACGUUGGCGAGAGCGGCCUGCGCUUUGAGAUUUGGUUUCGUCGCAGGAAGUCUCAGGACACUUUCAUCCUGCAGGCAAACUCUAGCGAGACCAAAGCAGCCUGGACGGCCAUCAUCGGCAAAAUCCUGUGGAGACAGGCGCUGAGGAACCGAGAGUUGCGAAUGCAGGAGAUGGUUUCCAUGGGUAUCGGGAACAAACCGUUUAUGGACAUCAAGCCCAGUGAAGCGGCCAUCAGUGACCGAGCCGUCGACUACAUCAUGAAAGGGACAGAGUCUCGUUCACGCUCCUCCGUCCCUGUUUCCCCGUUGGACCACUCCAGCCCAUUUAAACGGCCCCACUCCACCAUCUCCAACAGCAGCUCUUCCUCCUCCAGCAGCCACUCCUCCUCCUCCUUCCUUAACCUGCACCCAUACACCUCCCCAUCACACACACUCACGCACACACACCCACACACGCUGCCCGGCUGGCCCUACGACUGCAUUGAGGAGGACGAGCUGGAGCAGGAUGUGAGCACCCAGCCGUCCAUGAUCACAGAGAGCUCAGAAUCGUCUUCUCAGAGUGUGUCCAGCGAUGGAGUGACCACUGUAACCUCGCUGACCGUCCCUCUUCACCCUCCUUUGCACAUGGACACCUACUCCAGCGGAGAGCCUUCGUCCUUUCUCUCCUCUUCCGCUCCCUCAUCGUCAUCGUCCUCCUCAUCUUCCGUUCUCUUUCACAAAGAGCAGGAGCUUCCAUCCGAGCCCAGCAACUUCAUCACUGCGAACAAGCCGUCUCAUGUAUCUAUAGGCCUCUCAACAUUGGUCUGAAUCAAAGGGUUUAGAUCACUGUGAAUCCUGUGACACCAUUUUCUGCAUGACUCAACACCGCUUGGAUUUUGGAUCCAAGGAGAAGCACUGGACCAGCGUGGACUGACCCAUGGUCAUAUCAAAGACUGAUUAUUGUACAUAUAUAUAAAACAUUUCAUGCUGUUUUUAGCAAAUGGACUGAAUUGCUAUGCAGUACGCUGACUGAACAGUGAGUGAAUGAAUCACUGUAUCACUGACGAACAUUUUCAAAAGUCAUUUUUUUACAUUCAGAAAAAUGCACAGCAGUUUGGACAAGCAGUCAGUUUACCUACUAAAGCUUUUUAUGUAAGCAUGAUUUGUCUGUACAGCAAAAAGUUCGAGCUUAAUGUUUAGGACUGGAACUACUAAUAAAAUCCUUUUUUUCCCA